UGGAAAGUCCUCGUACUGUAGCGUACAAAAACCACCGCAGCCUUUCAGAGGUGAGUCAGUGCUAAAGUCACACGAGGGGCUGACAGACAAGAUGAACAUCACCGCUUUCUCCGUGUGCUGCCUUAUCUCCGUAUGUGUCAUCUUACCAGCUGUGAGCAGCGCAACCACUGACUGUUGCCUCUCCGUGUCCUCGAAGGAUCUCACAAACCUGAAACCCAACAGAGUGAAAGAGUUCACAAUUCAAAAUGAAGGAAUCUGCUCCAUAAAGAUAACAGUAUUGAUAACAGUGAGGAACAAACGCAUUUGUGCUGACCCCGACAGCCCACUGGUGAAGGACAUCAUAAAGAAAGUGACGAUACGGAAUAGGAGACGAGGACCAGGAAAUAAGAAAAGGAAGGGGGGUCAGAAAGUUCGGAAGAUCCACUGACCACACACAUGGACACAAACUCUGUCUUUCUGCCUUUAGACCUUCAAAAUAUAUGGACAUUCAUCAUGUACUAAAUAACUAGCUACUGUAUAUAAGCUAUAUGUCUUACAUAUUUAUAAUAUUAAUCUGGUGUUUGUGGAUUGUGGAUGUCAAUUUUGUGGUUUACGGAAAUCUCCUACAGCUGACCUGAUGUAGCAAUUGAGUUCCUGCUUACAACUUUUGGUCAUUCACAGUGUAUGGAGAUAGUGCUGGCAGCACCUUCCUUUUAUAUUUUUAUACACAUUUCUAAAUCACAUAAAUGUUGAGCUUCUCAGAAAUGUGUAUGUGAUUUCAGUUACUAGUCAUGUACUUGUUUGUAUACCAUCAAUAAAGAUAUUUCCCUAUA